UGGAUUCUUGUGGCCAGUCAAUAUCAGAGACCCACUGUAGGAGAGAGGUUGCCUGCUGAACGCGUUCCCAUACUCUGGACAAGAUGGACUGAGUGGAAGACCUGUUUUCUUAUGCUCUCCAGUUUUUAAAAUCUACCUCCUGCAACGUUUAAAGACAGACUUCUAAAGGUCAAAAGAAGUCAUGGAUUGGAAAUUCCUCCAGGGUCUUCUUAGUGGAGUCAACAAGUACUCCACCGCCUUCGGACGCAUCUGGCUAUCAGUGGUCUUCGUCUUCCGGGUGUUGGUCUUUGUGGUGGCCGCCGAGCGGGUCUGGAGCGACGACCAGGGACAGUUCGACUGCAACACCCGCCAGCCGGGAUGCACCAACAUCUGCUACGAUUACUACUUCCCCAUCUCCCACAUUCGCCUCUGGGCUCUCCAGCUCAUCUUCGUCACCUGCCCUUCCUUCAUGGUAGUGCUGCACGUGGCCUACCGGGAGGAGCGGGAACGCAAGUACCAAGCCAAGCACGGCGAGGACACUCGGCUGUUCGACAACCCGGGCCAAAAGCACGGCGGCCUGUGGUGGACUUACCUGCUGAGCCUCUUCAUCAAGACCAUCUUUGAGAUAAGUUUUCUCUACUUGCUCCACUACAUCUACGACAGCUUCAAGCUGCCCAGGAAGGUCCAAUGCGACGUCUCGCCCUGUCCUAACUUGGUGGACUGCUACAUAGCGCGGCCCACGGAGAAGACCAUUUUCACCUACUUCAUGGUGGGGGCGUCCGUCGUGUGCGUGGUGCUCAACAUCUGUGAGAUUUUCUAUCUGAUUGCCUUCCGAGUGGUGAGCCUCAAGCAACGCGGCAGCGUCCCGACCUCUUCUAGAAAGGUCCGACCUAACAUGGACUAGUGACGGCUGCAGGUCAUCCCUUACAUCAUAGCUGGAAACCCAUAAUUAAUAUUAUCCCUCUAAUUGACAAGAGGGUGAUCAUUCUUCCCAUUAAGGGUAUUUUCAUUUAAAAAGUAAUUUUAUGUAUAAUUUUAUAUGUAAUAUAAAUAUAUUGUAUUUUGACACAAGCAAUCCUAUGCUCUGUAAUGAUAUUAGAAUUAUUUUCUCAAGUGUAAUUCAGCACCGACAGAAAGCUGAUAUUGCUCAUAUUUGUGACCAAAACUGACAUUAUUUGUUUAUUGUAUUCCCUAAAAAAAGAUUGUCAAAGCACUGAAAAUAAAGUUUUCUUUUCAACUAAAUAAUAAAACCACAGCAAAUGCACAUUCAUGGGUAAAAAAAAGAUGUUUUCUACUAAUUUAAUGGCACCAUUUCUCCACCUGGUGGCACUAAAGACACACUACACUGUCAUGUGAAGGAUGAUCAGAAAACAUGGCAAUGAUCCUCCCAGAGUUGUAUUAUUUUGUGAUUGUGCAUGAUGUGUGCUGCUUAGGCGAUGAUGCAUUCCUACAACAUUCCUAAACUGUAUUAUGUGUUACUCUCUUUAUCAGUCAUCAGUUGUCUGUCAUGUUUUUCCAGGCUCUGAUCCAGGUGUUGACACCGGAACUAGAAUAAUAGGUUAAUGUCGUAUCAAAUUUAGCAAAAAGAACAUUUUAAUGUGAAAAAUAACAUUUAUUAAUAAAGGCAGUUGACUGUAGUGUUGCCUACAUAUCAUGUAUAAGGCAUGUCCAUGCUGUUUUUCUACCACAAAAAAA